AUGAGACUGAAUCAUACUAAGAGACAAGGACACAAUCUCAUAACAAUAAACGGAGUAAUAUCUAAUAAACUGUUAAUGAUUUGUUUUGUUAUUCGAGCUUUGGCUUCCAGCAGGACCAUAGUUACUGUAACUCCAGCUUGUCUUAGGAUCAUACUACCUUGUCGUCUAGUUACUGGAACUCCAGUUUUUCGCUAAAAUGAAGAUGAGCAUCAGAAUGUCAGACAGCUCUAUCUGUGUGCUCCUGGCCCUCCUGACCAUCACUGAGGGGAUGAGCCUAAGUGACGUGGGGUCAGACUUACGUUGUCGCUGCAUCCAGAUGGAGAGGCGUCGGAUUGGUAAAGUCAUCGACAAGGUAGAGAUGUUUCCUCCCAGCUCGCACUGCAAAGACACUGAGAUCAUAGCCACUCUGAAGGGGAGCGGUAAGGAGAUUUGUUUGGACGUCAGUGCUCCCUGGGUCAAGAAGAUCAUUGAGCGGAUACUGGCCAAGCACAAGAGAAACUCAUACAGCCCAAAGACCUGGAAUAAACGAGCCAGGUCAUCAGGCUGCUGAUUAUCCCGCACACCUGUCACCAUCGUCUCAC